AUGAGUGCCAGUUCGUCUGUAGAAGCUAGUAGUUUGCCAGUACCGCCUCCAAAGCCUCCAAGAAUAAGUGCUCGACAUCAUUCAGUCUCGUCAGGCGCCAGUCAUGCAAACGAAAGAAUGCCACCACCUGUUCCACCAAAGCGUCUAUCCGUAAAUUCCACAUCACUGCCAAAACUCUCCAGUGAAUCCACCUUGUCGUCUGCGGCAUCGAUACAUAACAUGGCAUUACCACCCUUGAACAACAGGGAUACAUCUCCAAUCCUCAAAGCCGACAAACCACCCACAUCACCUGUAUCCGUGCAUGGUGGCAGUAAAAGAAGAGACUCCAUUUCAUCUCUCUUAAGCAGCAGUAGUUUGGAAACCUAUCUGCAUGAGAUUAAACAGCUGGGAAGACAAGUCAAGCGUCAACUACUGGAGGAAGAGGACAUCAUGUCUUUGGGCAAUCGAAUGCUACCAGCUUCUCCACAGCCCCCACCAGCCGUUAGAAGAAACAGAGCUAUUUCGUUGGGAUCUGCCAAGACAAGCGCUCAUGUUGAUGAUCUAGUUAGACAACAGCAAGAACAGUUAUUCGAUUCGUUCAAUAAGCUUAGACAGCACAAGCAAGCAGAGGCACAUUCUUUGGCAUCUGAUGUCAGUGAUUCAACAGCACCUGCUCCAGUUGAAAAAGAAAAACCGCACACGGAAACUGCUCCAGACAAGCCAAUUCCACUCAUUGACUACGUUACGCCCGAGCUGGUUAAUGAGAAACCCUUUAUUCCAAUUGUAUAUGCAGAUGAAAAGAGAAAUCAUGAUUUUCAUAUGCUAUUUCGUAGUGUACCUGAGGAGGACAGGCUGAUUGAAGAAUACAAUUGUGCCAUGUAUAAGGAUAUCCUUGUUCAGGGCAAGCUAUACAUCUCUCAAGAGCAUCUCUGCUUUAAUGCAAAGUUCUUUGGCUGGGCGACCAAUCUCGUACUUGCUUACAAAGACAUCAAAUCCAUUGAAAAGAGAAACAUGGCAUUGAUUGUUCCCAAUGGAAUACAGAUUACAACCCAUUUAGACACCAAGCAUGUAUUUGCUUCAUUCAUGACUCGAGAUUGUACAUUUGAUCUGAUCUACCAAACAUGGCAAGAAUGUCUAUUUCCUAAAAAGGAGGUAAACGAGAUAAAUGAUCCUCUACCACCACUACCACAGACACCCAACAAAGAUAAUCAUGCCGAUAUGGUAAAUCAACAUGUUGUACAAAAGCAAGCAAUACCGGAGGAAACCGCCGUUAGUAAUCAUAAGCAACCGUCAACCCAACAAGACAUGGUGUACAAGCAUUAUCAAUGGAUUGUCAUGGAUGAGGUCUUUAUUGGGACUGUGGAAGGGUUAUACAAAUUACUCUAUCAAAGUGAUUUUGUUCAUCAGUAUCUUGUUGUGAUGGCGCAAUGUCAAGACGUUCAAUUCGGUGCCUGGGAUCAAGGAUCUAACGCUAGAAGUAGCACCAUCACAAAGGAUGGCGUUGACUAUCAAGUCACCGAUACAGAAACCUGCCAUCAGCGAGAUACUGUGCUUUGUAUAUCAAGUACAGUAACCAGCGAAAGUUUGGUUGAUUUAAGGUAUAAAGUUUGUAUUUCAAGAAGGACAGACACAGAAAUAGAAGCCGUGAUCUCAAUACACGAUCAGCAAUAUAUUCCGUAUUUCAAAUCGUUUCAAAAAUGGCUAUCGCGAAAAUCAACGAGAAUCACGAUACAACGAUUAUCGGAAGGAAGGAAAUUGAGCACAUGUUGGCGUGAUUCAAAAAGAUUGGCACUGCAGCGAAAAUACGUGAUGCCCAGUGUACAGAUCAUGAAACAAGCGUACCUAGUGUUUGUGUUAUCUGUGCAGUCAGCCUAUCGAUAUGCACAGGCCAUGAAGUGGGAGCAUUGGCUCAUUCUGUUGCUGUUGAUGGCCAGUCUACUGAUGUUGCAUCACAUGAACGCACGAGUGUAUCUAUUAGAGCAUCAGCAUUCGCCCUGCUUACUUGCAUUUCCUGCUGCUGACACCGUCAUGAAAGACGAAACAACGACAAAUUCAGUGGAGAUGAACCACUUUGAAUUUAUGCAGCUCAAAAUGAAUGAAAUCAAGCAAAAGAUGGCCUUGUUGCAUCGAGAGGUAGCCUCACAAAAGCAGCAAUUACUACAUGAACCGCAAGAAUAA